AGUUGAGAAAAUAUAAGCUAUAAGAAUUUUAUUUUUAUUUUUAAUUGGAUAAAAGAAAGAAAAAAAACAGAGAUAACGUUAGAACCAGAAGAAAGAAAAAGGAUUAGAAGAGGAAGCUAUGGCGACAUCUAUUGCGACUCUAUCUUCUCCGCCACCACUUUCUCUUUCUCUCCCUCUCUCGUCAUCUCGCUCUUCCUUAUUCUCCAACUGUUUCACAGUGACUACCCGAAGACCAAAGACUCGUUCUUUGGUUGCGAUUCGACCGGAGCAGAGGAGAAGAAAGGCUUUCACUUGUAAUGCUCUGUUUGGUCUCGGUGUCCCUGAGCUUGCUGUGAUCGCUGGAGUCGCUGCGUUGCUUUUCGGACCUAAGAAGCUUCCUGAGAUUGGCAAGAGUAUUGGCAAAACCGUCAAGAGCUUUCAACAGGCUGCAAAGGAGUUUGAAUCUGAGCUGAAGACGGAACCUGAAGAUUCUGUUGGUAGCUCGUCGUCUCCGGUAGCAAUGAGCAACAAGGAAGAGGAGAAAACUGAGGUUUCGUCAAGCUCAAAGGACAACAAUGUAUGAUGAGUGAUUGAGACCUUUUUUUUUUUGCUUUUCAUGUAGCUAAAUGAGUUUAGAUCAAAUACUCUUUUGUUAAGGGAAACAGACUUGUCUUCCUAUAAAAUAUGGUUCUAUGGUGUUUGAAUCUAUAUAGCUUUUCUUCUUAAGAAGAUAGAAAGCCUUUCAAAAUAAUCAUUUUUUU